AUGGCAGGUUCCUGCAGCUAUGACUGCUCACUGCCUGGCUCACCCUCGGCUGGCACCCCUGACAGUGACAUCACAGGAAUUGGGGUCAUUGCAAACUAUAUUGCGACAGCGGGACUUUCCAUCCUUGUUAUCGCCAUCUAUUAUUGCGUUGUUUACGAUCCUUCCAAAGAUUCAUUCAACAUCGCUCGAGAAGAAACAAUUCACAGCCAGUCCAACCCGGUAGAUGGCUUUAUCUUAGGAGGUAUUCGAUCAUCAGCAAGAUAUGUCUCCAGGCGCUUACUUGGCAUUGAACAAAUGGGCACCCGUGCAAACGUUCGAAUUCAGGUUAUGCUGGUUAAAACUGUCACUGGCUUCGCGAUUCUUGUCAGCGGCUAUACUCAACUUGAAUGUGGCCUUACUUGGACAGAAUGGCGUGCUAUUCUCGAUCUAGCAUGGUUUGCCUAUGUCACACAGCUUUCAUGCCUUGCAAUCUUGCAAGACCAUUUUUAUACCCAUACAUUUGAGCGCUUUUGGCGUUUGCUUGCUACGGGUAUCCUUGCAACAUUGUUGGCUGUUGGUUUGUUAUUGACUGCCACCCCUGGGUGGUAUGAACAAAAUGGCUCCCGUCCCGCUAUUUGCAAGCUUGGUUACUAUAAAGGUGACAAGGACAUGGACGAGUAUACUUUACGAGCAAUCAACACAACAAUUGUCUCAGCAGCCUUUGUAGUGGCUGCUUUUAUCUCUCGUGUUGUGAGGCUCCACGAAUUCUUGAGUGUCGGAAUACUUCGUCGAAGUAUCUCUUGGCUUGACUUUUGGAUGCGGCAGCUGCUUUGGAUCCUUUUCAAGUGGACUUGUACUGGACAGAGUAUCUAUAGCCUCAAGCGCUCGCUAAUAUACCGUCCUCUCCUUGCUGUCUACGUUACACUGCAUCUGCUAUUGGUUUCUUGGGCCUCGUUUGCGGUUGAGAUAUGUUGGGUUUGUGUUGCAUUCGCCUGGGGCGUUUUUCGUCUAUACCUAGACCUUGGCGGCCAGAGCGGAUUCUUCACAACAAGUAGAGAAAACUGGACGUUCGGUCAAGUCGUGUCCGUGAUUAUGCUAACGGCACCGCUCGUAAGCUUUUUUGGAGCUUUCAAUGAUGAUGAUAGCAUGAAGAACAAGGAGGACUCGAUGGCACGAGAUGUGCCAAACGCGCCCACUUUUCCCAUACUAUCUGGACGUCAUAAUUCCCAGUAUCCUUCCAGCACCAUGGAGGCACAAGCCAAGGAAGACCCAGAGAAUCCCGAUACAGAUUGGAGUUUGAACACUUCGUUUCUCGGGGCAGUAAUCUCGUACUGCUUCGCGACAAUGCAUUUAGAUUCCCUCUUCCAGACCUUCUACCUUACCUGCUUGGCCUUCAAGUCUCGAGCUAUAGUUCAGCCCAUCAUGUGCCCCGCAGACCAAACCGUCGCAACGAACAAUGACCACUUGGUCCAGUCUGACGACCCCGAACACCCGGCCAACCUUAUCCCCGAGCUCUGUCGCAAAUUCUACAACUGGGGAUGGGUUACUGGUACUGGAGGUGGUACAUCGAUCCGCCAAGGUGACCAUAUCUUUAUCGCCCCGUCUGGGGUUCAGAAGGAAUUGAUGAAACCUGACAACAUCUUCGUGCUUCAAUGGCCUACUCCCAAGUAUCCUGCCUCGGACCGCAGCUACAUCCGCAAGCCCCUCAAGCUCAACCCCUCCGCCUGUACCCCACUAUUCCUGACUGCCUUUGAGCAGGGUGCUGGCUGCUGCAUUCACACUCACUCACAAUGGGCAGUUCUAGUCACGCUGCUGGUGGAGCGGGAGAAGGGCCCUGAUGCUUGCUUCGAGAUCAGCAACAUCGAGCAGAUCAAGGGAAUCCCUCGCGGUAAAGGAAAGGGCAUGCUUGGGUUCUUCGAUACUUUGAAGAUUCCCAUUAUUGAAAACACCGCUUUCGAAGAGGACCUCACGAGCGGUCUGGAGGCAGCUAUGAACAAGUACCCGGACACAUACGCGGUGCUUGUCCGGAGACAUGGAAUUUACGUCUGGGGUGAUAACACUGCCAAGGCGAAGACUCAAUGUGAGAGUCUGGAUUACAUCUUCCAACUGGCUGUGGAAAUGCACAAGCUGGGUCUCCCGUGGGUCAAAUAG